UCUGUGUCCGCUCAGACAGAGACUCCGAGAGGAGGAACAUGUCCUCCGUGCAGCUGCUGCGGGUGUUGGUACAUGAGCGGAUCAACGCGGCCGCUGAAGACUUCCUGCUGCAGGUGGAGGAAGGAGGAGGAAAGGCUCGAGUCCCGGAGCUGAGAGCGAUGCUCACCGAGCGGCUCGCGGCUGCGGGGGAGCAGAUCCUCGCGGGACUGGAGGAAACCUUGUUAGAGUCCGAGGAGCGAGUGGAGCGGACAGAGCGGUCCCAGCGGGAGGUCUGCCGCCAGAGGAGGCUGCUCGAUGCCGCGAUGCAGCCCGUAGUCCGGCUGCACAGAGCAGUGUGUCCUGCAGACGUCCAGCAACUGAUGGUGAAUAAAGAAGAGGUUCCCCCUGAGCAGCAGCAGUGGAGCCCCCUUGUGGACCAGGAGGACCCAGAGCCCCCCCACAUUAAAGAAGAGCAGGAGGAACCGUGGACCACUCAGGAUGGACAGCAGCUUCAAGGACUGGAGGAGGCUGAUGUCAAGUUCACUGUCGCUGUGAAGAGUGAAGAAGAUGAAGAGAAACUUAAAUCGUCAAAGAUUCAUCCGAGUGAGACGAAGGAUAACAGAGCGGACUGUGGAGGACCAGAACCAGCCAGGAACUCAGAUCCUGAUGUACUUUUACAACCCGGUCCUGAGGACAAGGCUGAAGACUCUUCUGAGACUGAAGUCAGUGAGGAUGAUUGGAUUGAGCCUCUAAGUGAUAUGGAAUGUAAGACAGAAAAAAAAACAUUUAGUUGCUCUGAGUGUGGUAAAAGAUUUAACCAUAGGUGCAGUCUAUAUCUACAUAUGAGGAUUCAUACAGGAGAGAAACCGUUUAUUUGCUCUGAGUGUGGUAAACGAUUUCACCAGAGGGGUGAUCUAAAUAGACAUGAGAGGAGUCAUACAGGAGAGAAACCGUUUAGUUGCUCUGAGUGUGGUGAAAGAUUUAACCAAAGGGGCAGUCUAAAUAGACAUAAGAGGCUUCAUACAGGAGAGAAACCGUUUAGGUGCUCUGAGUGUGAUAAACGAUUUAGCCAUAGUUGUCAUCUAAAUACACAUAUGAGGAUUCAUACUGGAGAGAAACCGUUUAGUUGCUCUGAGUGUGGUAAAAGAUUUAACCAAAGGGGUGAUCUAAAUAUACAUAUGAGGAGUCAUACAGGAGAGAAACCGUUUAGUUGCUCUGAGUGUGGUAAAAGAUUUAGCCGUAGGUGCCAUUUAACUGCACAUAUGAGGAGUCAUACAGGAGAGAAACCGUUUAGUUGCUCUGAGUGUGGUAAAAGAUUUAUCCAUAGUUUCCAUCUAAAUAGACAUAAGAGGAGUCAUACAGGAGAGAAACCGUUUAGUUGAUCUGAGUGUGGUUAAAGAUUUAGGAUUCAGUCCUAUUGUACGAGACGUGAGGAUUCCUAAAGGAGAGAAGUGAUUCAGUGUCAACCUUUGCAACAAAAGUUUUAGUAUGAUUUAUCAGCAGAUCUUCAUUUUAUACAUAUUCAUAGUUCAGUUAUAAAUAGACUAAUAAUAGUUUAUGUCCCUAGAAAAUAUAACUCAUUGAAUAACACAAAAGAUUUGUGUUUAUAUAUCUUGUUUCUACUGAUUUCUACCUAAUGUAUCUAUUUUCAUAAAGUCCUUCAUCUCAUUUUAAGGUUAAAGUGUGGACCUUGCACAGUAUGAACGUGUGUUCUUAACUAGUUCAUAUUAUUAUAUUUGUUUGUUUUAAAACAAUGAUCAGUUGUUUUGUGAAAUUCAAUGACUGUGUAUGUUCUCAUUUAUGUAUUGAAUGUGUUUCCAAGAAUAAAAGUCAGAUAAAAAUAUAA